AUGGAAAAUGCAAGUUUCAAUAAUAAUACAGAUGGUGAAGAAGCACCAUUUGAAUUUAAGAAUCUGCUUUCUGAAAUGUUCACAUCUUUCCCUAAUCAAAAUCCCAAUACCUUUUUUUCUUCUCCUAAUUCAUCUACUUCAACAAAUUCUUCUUCGUCAUCACAGAAUAAUAUUAUUUCUUUUGGAAAUCCAGACUCUAAUCAUCUAGAUCCUCAGGAUAAUGAAUUAGAAUAUGAGAAGAUGUUGAUGAUGAGCAGCAACAUAUCUACUUCAUCAACAACAGUGGCUAAGAGGAUUUGUAGAAGUCCUUUGCAAUCUCAAGAACAUAUUUUGGCUGAAAGGAAACGUAGAGAGAGAUUUUCCCAUCUUUUUGCUGUCUUGGCCAAGACUAUACCUGGCCUCAAGAAGUUGGACAAAGCUUCAAUUCUUGAAGAUGCUAUAAAGUACAUUGGAGAACUUCAAGAACGUGUCAGUACUUUAGAGGAAGCUGCUGGGACGACAAAGACAGGAAAUUUGAUUGAAUCAACUUCCACAGCACAAAAACCACAUUCUUUGGCUGCUAUUACAUCUCACCAUGACAAUUCUUUUAAGAAUGUUGAUCAUGAAUCUAAAUAUCAUGAUAUGAAGGUUCAAAUUCUAGACAAGAAUGUACUCAUAGGAAUCAAUUGUAGUAAGCAAAUGAGGAAUAUCUUCUCAAUAAUUGCUGGAAUAAUGGAGAAGCUACAUCUUACUAUUCACCACAUUAGAGUUGCCCCAUCCAAUCAUUCUACUGCUCUUCAUUAUAUCUCUAUUCUUGCUGAGAUUGAUGAUGUUGAUAUUACUGUGCAGGAUGUUGAAAAGGCAUUCGAAUUAUCUCUCCUAAGCACACCAAACUUGACACAAGACUAAAUUUGAUACUCUUAUUUUUAAAUUUAAUUAUGUUUAAGGUUAAUCCAAUUAAGACGUCUUUGUUAAUGUUAAAUGAAUCAAUCCUUUGAUUGAAUUCAUGUUUGUACUACUCUUUUGAGCCAAGAAUCGUUGUUGUAUUGACAUUUUAUUUAGCAAUGAAUAAAAUUCUCAUUUGAGCCA